AUGGCACACCACGGCGUUAAAACCGCGAAUAAAGCAAAUAACACGGAACACAGAAAUUCCAAUUAUAAAACAAGUGACACGGAAGGUAAAAUUAAAACAGAACGAGUAGCGAUCGAUGAUGAAAGGGCAGGUUCGAAAAUGAAGUGCGUAUAUUUUACAAGAAUAAUCCGCUUCUUAACCAUCUUCGUCGUUGUUCUGAUCACAACUUAUGUGAGCUUGAAAGUCUCGAAGCGUUUCAUUAACAAUUAUGUGCAAACUGUUGUCGAACACACCGAUCUGCACAUUGGCGAAAUACCGUUUCCCGCUAUUUCUAUUUGCCCACUGAUCGGCAUCAAUUGGACCAAAAUACCGGAAAUGAAAAUAAAGUUAUUGGGUAAUAAUUAUUCUGCAUUAUUUGAAGCGAAAUUUGAUCGGCAAAUUCGCAAGCUAAUUUAUGCUCAACAACUGGACGAUUUUCGAAAUCUUAGUAGGAUUCAAGAAAAUGUAGCAUUAUCUGAGGAUGAUGAAUAUGGUUGGAAGUCUGAAGGUUCUAACUACACUUGGAGUGAUAUUCAAAAAAUGCUUUCCUAUAAUUGUGAAAAGUUGUUCGAGAAAUGUGUUUGGCAGAGCGUAGAGUUGCCGUGUUGUGACAUUUUUCGAUACACGCCGAUUUAUGGAGGUUACUGCUUCUCUUUCAAUAUGCUGCAUAAAAAGAAUGAGAGCUCACUAAGAACAUCUUUUGGCGUUGGUCCUGGCAAUGGUUUGAAGGUCUAUAUUCGGAAUAUGGAAAAGGAUAAAUUUGCACUAGUUGUUCAUGAACCCAGUACGGAGCCGGAUAUCGGAGCUACAUUUCUUGAGGCCAAACGUACAAUAAUCGUGGUCAACCCAAUACGCUUUACAUCUGACCCGGAAAUAGCCUCUCUCCUUCCAAUGUUACGACGCUGCUAUUUUACCAGUGAAAUGAGAAAGAAGGGCAUUACAGAAGGAUCUUGCAUGCGCAAAUGCCGCUUAAAAUAUAUCCGCGCCAAGUGCAAUUGUACCGUUGCAACAUCACCCACUAGUAAAAGCGCCAACGAGGCACUCAAGAAUACAACCCAAUUUUGCAACCUCGCAAAUGUCGGCUGUUUAAACAACUUAGAAGAUUUCAUUGAGUAUUAUGCGAGCAAAAAUCACUACGAGGAGGCUUUGUAUAAAAGCGGCUUGAAUUGCUCCUGCUAUCACAACUGUGACUACAUAAAAUAUAAUGCAGCGCUUUACCUCGAUCCUUGGGGUGACGAACUAAAUGCUAACUUGAGUGAGUUUCAAAUAUUUUAUCAGCAAGCGACUUUCUUUUCCUAUCGCUCCGUAUUGGUCGCCACUUGGGUGGAUUUGCUUGUUUCCUAUGGCGGCAUCGCUGGUCUAUUUCUCGGUAUUUCGGCUAUGAGCUUAAUCGAGUACUUUAAGCGUUCUUGCGGCCGUUGGAAGCGGAGAAUUAUCGGCUUAUAUAAUUAUUUCAAGCGCAUCGGUCUUUCGUUAGUACACUGA